AUGAAGAUGCUGGCGAGAAGUUAUGUCUGGUGGCCAGGCAUGGAGAAGUCGAUUGAAGAUGUGGUGGCCUCUUGUUCUGCUUGUCAGUUAACUAGGAAUUCGAUAUCUAAAGUACCGUUGCAGCAAUGGCCUACAACAUCAACCCGAUGGCAGAGGAUACACAUUGACUUUGCGGAGGAUCCAGAGUCGAGACAGCAACUUUUAGUUUUGAUUGACACAUACUCUAAAUGCAACAAUGUGAAGUUCACAUUAACUCCCCCGUAUCAUGCGGCUUCAAAUGGAUCUGCAGAGAGAAGUGUUCAGGAGGUCAAGAAAAACCUUUUGCGUCAAGUGAUUGAGGAACAUCAGCGUUCUCAGCGUACCACUCUUCAAAUGAAAUUAGAUAAUUUCUUGUUUGCGUACCGCAACACUCCAAAUACAGUUACUGGCUUAACCCCUGCAGAAAUGUUCCUGUCUUGGAAGCCUCGUACACAGUUGGUUAUGUUAAAACCCAAUCUCCAGUCAUCCAUUGAUCAAAAACACAGGGAACAAAAAGAUGCAGCUGAUAGGCUUAGGGGAGGAAGUAGAUUUUUCUCAGAAGGUCAGGCAGUCUAUGUCAAAACUGUCCGAAAUGAAAAGAUAUCUUGGGUUCCUGGCAAAAUAAUUCUACAGAGAAGUCCGGUCACCUAUCUUGUGAGUGUCAUUGGUGGAAAACCCCGAUUUUGUCAUGCAGACCACUUGAGAGCUCGGUAUGCAGAAGAGGAGGAGAUUUUUGUAUCACCCAAGGAUCCCGUUGUAUCACCCCAAGUACCCAAGAAUUCAUCCCCGCCGGAGGAUCGACCAACUAGUCCCCUGAUGAUGUCACCUGUACCUAGGCCUACUACCAGUCCCAGGGAGAGCCUAGGGCAAGCCCAGCCUCAGCCAACUCCUGCGUCGCCGCUAGCACAGUGCAGCCCACCACCCUCGCUGAGGAAGUCUGCACGGACUGUGCGAAAGCCUCACAGGCUGGACUUGUAA